AAAACAGAAAUAAGUUAGUUUAAUUCUUACUACAUUUUAAUGUAAUUUAAUAUUUACGAAUAAAAAUAACAUAUAUUAAUAGCUAUGAUAACUUUGCUAUCACACCUUCUUGCUAUUACUUGUUUUCACAUUAUAAUAGUGCCGGGAAGUUUUUCACUAGACCACUGUAAUUUUAGAGUAAAUGUCGAUCAAAAUCUUCAAAAUAAUGGUUUUCACAGGAACUUAAGCUAUGUAUUAACGUUUGUAAACGACUACGACGAGGUCUUGACUGGAGACACACCAGAAGAUCCCUGUCACAUUGGACUAGAACAGAAAUUGCCACGAGGAAUAUAUUUCAGACCUGAUGAAGUUAAACAAGCGAUAAUCAAGACACCAGUGAAUAUUGAGGCUUCCGCAGAAGAAUCCCAGGGGCUCGUAAUCCAGAUGUAUGCACCAAUAUUAUAUGAGUGGACAGUGGAGAUGCAUCUUCUACUGCAUGCUAGAUAUCAUGCUGCCAACGCUCAAGGAGGGAAAAAACGCAAUGUACUCGAGGCGCCGAAGAUAUUUUUAAAUUGUAAAGAUGAUAGACUCAUCUGCAAUAAUAACUACAUAAACAGCUCAAAAAUCAACAGCUUUUGUCAGAAAGGUGCACCUUGUAUGUGGAUUGAACUGCCAAUACAUGUGGAACCGAGCAAAUUAACUUGGGACGUCCCUGUUGGUAACACCCAGGAUUACUAUGUGGUGGCGGUAGGGACCACACUUGCCGUCGCCCUUGGUUCCUUCUACCUGUUGAUGACUAUUCACGAGUACAUGCUGAAGAACAGUUCACUUGAAAGUAAAAUUGAAUAAUAAAAGCUAUUUCGAGUUAUUUAAAUUUUCUGGGUGUUUUUAGCUGCUGAGUAUUAUAAUAGGCUUAGGAAUUAGGAUUCAUCUAGAAUCUAUUUAAUGUAGAAGAGUAUAAUUUUAAAUUAUUUGGAUAUAAUUUAUUUUAAACAAUGUCGUA